AUACAUAUACAAAUAAUAGAUAAAUUCUUAUGAAGCUAAUAAUGGCAAUGAUUUCUUUACAAAGAGUGAUGAGUUUGAUACUAAUCAUAACACUUUAUUAUAAUACUUUUGUUGUUAGUUCUGUUCUAUCAACUCAAACACUUUUGGAAACUGAAUUUGAAGCCUUAAAAGCCUUCAAAACCUCAAUCAAAAGUGACCCAAUUGGAGCUUUAUCAGAUUGGAAAGAUGUGAUUCACCAUUGCAACUGGUCUGGCAUUGUCUGUGAUCCCAUUUCGAAUAGUGUUGUUUCGAUUUCUCUGGUUGAUAAACAGCUCAAAGGUCAGUUAACACCCUUCAUUGGCAACCUUUCAAGUCUUCAGGUUCUUGACUUAACUCAAAACUCAUUCACUGGCUUUAUACCAUCUGAGUUAGGACUUUGUUCUCAACUUUCUCAGCUAAUUCUUUACACAAAUGCUUUUUCGGGUCAUAUCCCAACACAGCUAGGAAACUUGGUAAAUCUGCAGAUUGUUGAUUUAGGUGCAAAUUUUCUUAGUGGGAAAAUCCCUGAGAGUAUUUGUAACUGUAUUUCUUUGUUAGCUUUUGGUGUUAGUUCCAAUAAUCUCACAGGCUCAAUCCCUUCAAAUAUAGGAAAGUUAAUCAAUCUUCAAAUGUUUGUAGCUGAUUCGAAUAGUUUAGUAGGCUCGAUUCCUCGUUCUAUAGGCGAAUUAGGAGCUUUACAAGCUCUUGGUUUGAACACAAACAAGUUAUCUGGUGUGAUCCCAUUAGAGAUUGGUAAGUUGUCAAAUUUAGAGUACUUAGAGCUUUAUGAGAAUUCUUUCUAUGGAGAAAUACCACCCGAAAUAGGCCUUUGUAAGAAGCUUAUUUUUCUUGAACUAAACACUAAUAACUUAAGUGGAUCCAUUCCUUCAGAGCUUGGUGAGUUAGUUCAUCUACAGAAAUUGCAGCUGUAUGAAAAUAGAUUGAAUUCAACCAUACCACUCUCAUUGUUUCGAUUAAAAUCGCUGUCUAAGUUAGGAUUAUCGCAGAAUGAGUUGAGUGGAAGUAUUCCAUUUGAGUUAGAACAACUAAGAUCUUUACAAGUAUUGACACUACAACACAACAAGUUUAGUGGUGAAAUACCAAGUUCAAUAACAAAGUUGAAAAAUCUAACUUGCUUGAGUAUGGGAAACAAUUUCCUUAGUGGGAAGAUUCCAUUGAGUUUAGGAUUGUUGCAGAAUCUAAAGAACUUGAGCUUGCCUGUCAAUUUUCUUGAGGGUCCAAUUCCAUCUAGUAUAGCUAAUUGUACUCAACUUGUUUCCAUAGAUUUAGCAAACAAUAGUUUGAGUGGUGAAAUUCCACAAGGUUUAGGACAGUUGAAAAAUCUCUUAGCUUUCAUUUUGGAAAAUAACAAAAUGGUUGGUGAAAUCCCAAAUGACUUCUUUUCUUGCUCAAAUCUUGUCAAGUUAUCUUUGUCAAGUAACAAUUUUAGUGGAUCAUUAAAACCAAAUGUUGGCAAACUCUUCAAUCUUCAACUCUUGUAUAUUUCUUCCAAUUCCUUCACUGGAAAAAUCCCACCACAGAUUGGUAACUUGACCAAACUUUUCACCAUGACACUUGCUGAUAACAGAUUUUCGGGACAGAUUCCACAAGAGCUUUUCAAGCUCACUCAACUCCAAGGCCUCUCUCUACGCGACAAUGCUUUAGAAGGAGUCAUACCCGAGCAAUUCUCUGAGCUGAAACAGCUUACAUUGCUCGCUUUGCAGCGCAACAAAUUUACAGGACAGAUCCCAGAAGCCAUCUCGAGACUCGAGUGGCUUACAGGACUGUACCUGCAUGAAAACAUGCUUAAUGGAACAAUACCAAGAAGCUUGGGAAGUAAUGGUAGGUUAUCGGUUUUGGAUUUGUCCCAUAACAAUUUUUCGGGGUCAAUCCCGAGUUCUCUAAUCACAAAUCUUAAAGGAAUGCAAGUGUAUCUAAAUCUUUCAUUCAAUCACUUCCAAGGAAGUGUUCCACAAGAGAUUGGCAUGAUGGAAAUGGUGCAAGAAAUUGACAUUUCAAACAACAAACUUUUUGGGGUCAUUCCUAAAUCCAUCAAAGGAUGUAAGAAUCUAUUCUCACUUGACAUGUCAAGAAACAAUCUCACAGGUCCAAUUCCAGGGGAAGCUUUUGCUAAGUUAGACACACUAACCAACUUGAACCUUUCGAGUAAUCGGUUAGAUGGUGAACUACCUUCAAAUUUGGCAACCUUAAAACACCUCAAAUCUCUUGACCUUUCUCAAAAUCAAUUCAAAGGAAACAUCCCUUCAAGUUUCACCAAAUUUUCCUCCUUGAAACACUUAAACCUGUCUCACAACCAACUCGCAGGACAUGUCCCCGAAACAGGAAUUUUCAAGAGCUUAACUGCAUCAAGUUUGGAAGGGAAUUCAAAUCUUUGUGGAGCUAAAGUUUUGAAAGACUGCAGCAUGAAAGUUUCACGUCGGUUUUCAAAGAAAACUAUGGCGAUUCUCGCUGCACUUGGCUCGGUUUCUCUACUUCUAAUUCUAGUCUUAGUUGCUCUAUUCCUUGUUAGACAUACAAAGAUGCAUAAGGCCACAAAGGUUGAAGAUCCAAAUGAAGAUGACACAUUAGUGUUGCCCCUUAAGAGGUACAAUCGAAAUGAUAUAGAAGUUGCUACAAAUUUCUUUAGUGAAGACAAUGUGAUAGGUUCAACCAAUUUGAGCAUUGUCUAUAAGGGUCAAAUGGAAGAUCAAAAAGUUGCAGCUAUAAAGAGAUUGAAUUUGAAGCAAUUUUCUAUAGAAUCAGAUAAAUGGUUCUAUAGAGAAAUGAAGACUUUAAUCCAACUAAGGCAUAGGAAUUUGGUGAAGAUACUUGGCUAUGCUUGGGAGAGUGAAAGAUUAAAGGCCUUAGUUUUGGAAUACAUGGAAAAUGGUGACUUGGAUAGGAUUAUUCAUAGCAAUAGAGUUGAUGAUCAAUCAAGAUGGACAUUACUAGAAAGAGUGAAUGUUUUCACUUCAAUUGCUAAUGCAUUGGAAUACUUACAUUCUUGUCAUGAUUUUCCCAUUGUGCAUUGUGAUUUGAAACCUUCUAACAUUCUCUUGGAUGAGAAUUGGGUGGUUCAUGUGAGUGAUUUCGGGACAGCUCGAAUUCUUGGUGUUCAUCAGAAGAAUGGAAGUGUUUCAUCAUCAUCAGCUUUUGAAGGCACUGUUGGGUACAUGGCACCAGAAUUUGCAUAUAUGAGCAAAGUCACAACAAAGGUGGAUGUGUUCAGCUUUGGUAUAAUAGUAAUGGAGUUUUUAACAAAGCAAAGACCAACAGGAUUUAUCGAAGAGAGCGGGCUACCAAUCAGUCUGCGCCAACUGGUCGAGAGAGCGCUCGAAAAUGGAAGAGAUAAGGUGCUUCAAAUCUUAGAUUCAGAGCUGGUUUUGAACAUCUCCAAAAAGGAAAAUGAAACACUAGAAGAGUUGUUGAAAUUAGCCUUGUUUUGCACCAACUCGAACCCCGAAAAUCGCCCCAACAUGAAAGAUGUUGUGACAAUACUUUCAAAGAUAUGAAGGGUGUAAUAAAUCAUGUUUAUCAGUUCAAAAAAAAGUUGUCUUUCUUUGCUUUUCAACUUGAGAUUUCUAAAGAGUAAUCUGAUGACAUAGUUCUUCUCUUGAGGUCAAGAUUCAAGCUUUGUGUUCUUUAGCUCAAAUUUAGGGAAUUAGAGAUUGUGGGUUGUGACAAUCAUUUCUUCUCUUUAUGAAUAAUGAAAAA